CAUAUCCAAAAGCAAAAUUUUAUCAGUUUUCCUUCAAUUCAGAAGUAGCUAUGUCGAAGCCCUGUGACUUGCAAAUCAACAUUGAUGGUCAGCAUUUCCUUUUGAAAGAGAAGAUUAUAUCAAAAUACUGUGGGAGGGUGAAGAAGAUCUUGAAUCAUCAAAAGAGAAGAUGUCAUGAGAAGGACUUGAGAAUUAGAAUCAGUGAUUUUCCUGGAGGCCCAGAUGGGUUUGAACUAGUUUCAAGGUUCUGCUACAACAAAGGCAAAAUUCCAAUCACUGUGGCUAAUGUGUCUCUCCUCCACUGCUGUGCCAUUUAUCUUGGAAUGACUGAGGAGGUCUUCAGCAACAAUCUCUUCCAACAAACAGAAAAUUUUCUUGAGGGAAUCUAUUGCUGGAAAUGGAAUGACAUACUUGUAAGUCUCAUGAGUUGCCAACUGUUUUAUGCAUAUGCAGAUUGCUAUGGUCUCUUGGAGAAGAUCAUUUAUGCUCUCUUAGCAAAGAUUGCUCAAAGUUCAGAUACAAACCAACUCACUUCCUCAUCUUCAGCAUCAUCAUCAUCUUCUUCACCAGAAAGCAAUUCUGCUAAGAGAUUCUCUUCUUCAACCAAAACAACCCCUGAAAAAAUCAAGUCAACUUUGCCAAGCAAAGCAUGGUGGUUUGAUGAUUUGGCAACUUUACCACCAAAGAUCAUUGAAAAACUUUUUCAGACUAUUGGAGCAUACAAAGCUGGUAACAAUAACUUGAUCCUUACAAGAUUUCUGUUGCAUUAUCUGAAAAUAGCUACACAAACCAAAGUGGUUACUAGUAGAAACAGCAAUGAAUACGCUGUUCUUGCAGAAACAGCUGCUUAUGGGGUUGUAGUUGUUGGUAAAAAGACCUUUUCUUGCAGAGGUCUUUUUUGGGUGUUAAGGAUUGUAACUGGGUUUGGGUUGAGUAGAGAUUGCAGAACUGAAUUGGAGAAAUUGAUUGGUGGCAUGCUUGACCAAGCCACCUUGGAUGAUCUUCUGGUCUCUGGGCAUGAUAUGGGAGUUUAUUAUGAUGUUAAUUUGGUGAUAAGAUUGGUUAGACUAUUCGUUGAUGUCAAUGGCACUGAUGGAGUGUCUUCACAUAAACUGAAAAGGGUUGGUAGAUUAAUUGACAAGUAUUUGAGAGAGAUAUCCCCUGACCAGAACCUCAAGAUCUCUAAAUUUCUCGGGGUUGCAGAAUGCUUGCCAGACUCUGCAAGGGAUUGCUACGAUGGAGUUUACAAAGCCAUUGACAUCUAUCUUGAGUCUCAUCCAAUUAUCACAUUUGAGGAAAGGUCGAGAUUGUGUAGAUGUCUUAAUUACAGAAAACUCAGCUUCGAAGCCAGUAAAGAUCUUGCCAAGAACCCAAGAAUUCCUCCAAGGAUUGCAAUGCAGGCUCUUAUUUCUCAACAAUCACAAAUUUCAACAAGUGACUUUGUACUUGAAACUCAAAGAAAGAAGUCUUCCCAAAUAGUUUUGUACAAUGAAGCCAAGAAAGACAACUUCUCCGAAGAGAAAAAAGAUAUGAGACUAAACCUAGAGAGAUUGCAAUGGAGAGUAGUAGAACUAGAGAAAUUGCCCAAGGAAAUGAAAGGUCAAGGGUCAAAGUUGUUUAGCCAUAAUGUCUUGUUUAAUCAUGAACACGCUAGAGCCUCGCCAAGAUUUUGCUAA